AGUUAUGGUUUAGGGCAAGGGGCCGCUUCUUGUCACCUUCGAACAUUAGAUGAUGAAGUUGGCUAUCUUUUCCAGUUAGAUUAAAGCUGUCUUAAUAAAUUAAAAAAAACAAACAAACCCUCAAGUAAUUACUCUGUUAACUUCCUCAAUAUGUAAGCUGUUUCAAAAUCAAAAGCUUAUGAAAAAAGUCCCCCAAAUUCCCAGCUAACUACUCUGGGAUGCAGUAGGACCGAAGUGCCUAUAUUUGGUUCAGAAGAACUGAAAUGAUUAUUAUACAUAUAUGACUAAGAAAUUUAACCAUGCUCAUAGAGGCCAUCCAGUUCUCCAAAACAGAAUUUCAUACUCAUGCCUUGUGUCUGCUUAUCCUCUAUUGCAGUAUGUGUGCAACCCUUAAAUAGAUAUUUAUAUGAAGCCAUCCGCUGUCAGUUUUCAUGCUAAUAUGCAUCAGUUGCUGUGAGAUUCAUUAUUACUAAUUUCCCACACUUUUUUACUUUAUCCUUGGUCCUUUUCUUAGCUUCCUUUCCUCUAUCUUUAUAUUUUCUUCUUUUCCAUUCUAUUCUAUUUCCCCCUUCAUAACUUAAAGUAGAAAGUAUAUGUGAUUUCUGAUAAUCACUCAAGGAGAGUGCACUGUUCUUGGUUCUUAUGGCAGAAUAUACUUAUUUGUAGGACGUGUUGCAUAAUGAGGAGCUCUUUAGUGUUAGGGAUUUGAUCAUUUGGUAAAAGAGGGCUUAUUAUGUAGGUUUUAAAAAACUUUGAUUCUUACAGUAAAACUAUUCUCCAAUCUUUUUUUUUUUUUGUUCAGGGAAGUUUAUUAUAAUAUGUCGAAAUAUAGGUCAGAAAUUUACCUCAGAAGCAAUUUAUCUGUUAGUAAAUAUCUUUACCGGAGAAAUAUUUUCUUCAGUAAUUAUUUACAAACAACACAUUUUUAGAGCAAACAUGUUUGUAAUAAUUCUCACAAUCUGGACAUCACCCACAUACUUUUAAACAUUGUCUCUCUCUAUAGAAUAAACAUCCAUUAUUAGUUGAAACAGUGUUUUGGAAAUUUAGUAUUGAUCCAAAUCCUAUACCAUCUUAAUUUACCAAAACCUUCAGUUAUGAAGAUUUCCAGUCUUCCCUGAAACCCUUCUGUUUGAAUAAAGAGAAGGAGUACAAGACCAUAAUCUGAUAUUAGCAAUUUAGGUAUAAUCUCAGGUCAUUACCCCCUGGUGGUCUGUAUCAAGGACUGGAACCCACAGUGGCAGGUGCAGCUACACUAAUAAUGCAUAAAGGUUGGUGUCCAUUUUGAUUGCCCAGGCUCUGUGCCUAGAUAACUGUAAACACUUUGAUUAUCACAUUUGCCUAUAUAUUUUACAAGUAAGUAGUAUUUUCAGUUUACCAAUACGUAUAUAUCUGUAAUUCUGUUGAUAACCCUUUUUGAAGUGACUAGAGUAUCUCUGCUACAGAAAAUAAAAAUAUCCAGAAUACCCAUUUGCAAGCAUUUUAAUUAAAGGAUAUUUUAUGCGUGAGUGAGAUUAAGCCUGUAACAUAUCAAAAAGGAAAAAUAAUCAGCUUUAGAAAUUGAUUCUGUGGUUGUCUUUAGACAUAACCACCAACCAGCGAAGGUAUUUCUGAGGGUACCAUUAUCCUUUCUCAUGUUGUUUGGUCCCCAUAGAUUAUGAUGAAAUAUUUCCUUGCUGUUCGGAACAUGUCCUUUAUAUACAUGUCUAUUCUGUCAAUUUGAAUAAAAUACUCAUUUAUCAAAUAUUUUAAACACAACUAUUAUAUUCCAGGAACUGGGAUUAAAAAACAUGGCAAUAGAUCCUGUUGUCAGGGAAUUUAUAACUUUGGGGGUAAAAGCACCAGGAGAUAAAAAGUACUGGGAAUAUCCUGAGGUGGAACAAUGUUUAGCAUAGUUGGCCCAGCCUUAGAGAGAAGGUGAUAUUUGAAUAGCAGCUUAAACAAGGAGAAGAGAUUUACCAGGUUGAAGGGGUGAGGACGUACCUGUCAAACCAAACAAAGGGCUAGCACGUAACAAGUCCCAGGAGCCCACAACAGCAUGGCAUGUGCCAAGAACCUUCCCCAGCUCCUGGCAGCUCCUUUCUAUGUGGGAAGAUACUAGAGGGGCAGCAGUGAGAGAAACCAAAAGGACAGAAUGUGUCAGUUCAAGACGAGAGGAAACCUUUAACAGGGAGCUGGUGGAGGUCAAGUAAAGAUAAAGACUAGCAUAGUCUUUGGAUUUGGCUUCACUUGGAGUUUUGUCGGCCAUUGCUUAACAGUAAAGUAAUGAGUGUGGAGGUCACAGUGAUACAGAUUCAAAACGGAAGAAGCAGAAGAACGGCAUGUGUAGAUGGCUCUUUAGCCCUUGGUCUGGGAACAGCUGAUUAAGAGUAUUAGGGAGGGGAGGAUGCAUAGCUAGGCGGGGUCCCUUUCUCCUUCCCUGCCGCCUCCUCUAUUUUGGAGCUACUUCAGCAUGUUGAGGACCGAGAGAAAGAGUUGAGGUAAGGCAGGUCAUUCAAAGGUAGAAGAAGGAAUGUGAAGAGAAAGAUGUUUUGACAAGGAACGAGUGAAGGUGGAAGCCUGACCGUGUGCAAGGGGAGGGACAACUGGGAGACCAAAAGAAAGAUGCAGAAAGAUAGUGUAAAAAUGGGUGGCAGGAAGGUGACAGGGAGUUCAUGCCUAAGGGCUCCUGUUUUGACUAUGAAAUAUUUGUUUCACGGAAGAUCAUUGUCUGCUGUUAGUGAGCAGAAUAUGGAAGAGAAGGGGCUUGAAAGUGUUGAAGUUUUCAAAAAGCUGUCCUGUGGAAUGUCAGAGGGAGCUGUCCAGGGCUGGGGGAGGAUUCCUACACAGCAGGAGGGUCUAAGUGACCCUGCGAUAUAGUAAUUGAUAGAGACACUGAUGGGUGUGUGUGUGUGUGUUUUCAGGUGUGUGUUUGUGUUCAUGUGUGGUGUUACACAUGUGUUUAUAUGGUUGUUCAUGCAUGUGUUUGCAUAUUUUUGUACCCUAGAGGUCAUUCCAGUACAGAUAUAGUAAUCAGUCCUUUAAUUACCCAAGUUAUGGAGCUCCAUACAUUUUCCAUGCCUGUGCUGGUCAUUGGGGUUAUGAGGUGAGUGGGUUUAUUUCUGUUUGGGGAAACAUAUAGUUUUGUGGGUCAUACAUGUAAGCAAACAACACACUGUAUAGGGAUGCCAAAGUAAUUCAGAAAAGACAUGUUAAUGAUGAGUGGGCAGGGAUGGAUAAAGCGACAUUUUGGAAGUUUCUUGGAGGAAGUGAUCUCUUAGCUGGCUUCCAAAGGAGGUGUAUGGUUGCAGGUGAAGUGCUUGAAAAUUUUAGCAGGAAAGACAACAGGGGUUGUUGACCACAGAUGGGUACAUGCUGAAGGUCCAAAAUAGUUGAGAAAUUCUGAAUGUGGAGCAAAGAUCCAGAAGGGUGGGUGAAUCUUUGAGUUUACGACUGACUCAACUUUGUUUUUCUACAACCAGAAAUUAGAACCAGAAAGUUUUUUGAAAACAAAAGUACUUCUUGAGCAUUGGUAUGAGUUGGUUCUUUAGAACUUUUCUCAAAAGUUGUAGUCUUACUACAGUAUUUCACCUACCUGGUAUCUGUUGUUUUUUUGUUUUUGUUUUUUUAAUUAGUAUUAAGAGUGGCUGUAUUAAUCCUAAAAUAAAUUUUUAAAAAUUCUGCUAGAUAUCUAUCUGUCUAUAUAUAUGUUCUACGUUUCUACAUUCAUAUUCUAUAUUCCAGUUUCCAAUUGACCAUAUUUGGCCUUUGAAGAAGCAAGUGUGAUCAAACACUAUUUAUUAUAUUGUGCCAUUGCCUCUUUGGAGUGUGAAACUUUUGGAGUUAUUGAAGCUUUGUUUCCUUUGUUGGUAACACUCAAAAGGAAAAGAAACGUGUAGUUUUGUUUCUAUAACUACUAAGCAUUUUCUGAAAGUUUUUCCAUCCUGACUGAAAAAGAAAGUAAGUUGUUAAAAGCAAAAAUACCCUGCUAUAACGAGCAGUCUUGUACUUCCCAGUUCAUAGAUCAUUAGGCAACAGGGGAUCCCCCAGCCCCCAACCUCUGGCUUCCUCCGUACCUCUGAAGUACAUCACGCUGCCCAAAUCAAAUUGCUCACUUAAUAUUUAAUGUUUCUGCGAUGGAAUCACUCUCCCCCCUGAGGUUGACUUCACAUUUGCCAGACACACUGACAACACUACACUCCUUUUUUCCCCCACAUGACCUCAGCUUCUGCUUAAAAAAUGUUCAAAUAAAGGAUGCUUUUGUUCCUAUCUCGCCCGCCUGUGAUAUAUUGACAAAGUGUCUGCCGGCUGAAUGGAAUAGUUUUACAGUAUGAGUGCUGCUUUCAGUGGAGGGGCAGGACUUGGGCUUUAGAAGGAAGUGAAUUGGAUAGGUCAGGAGAAUGUACCAUUUGUAAACACCCCUUUCCUUUUUUAUUCACGUGUCAGGACAGCAGGAGCAGGCUGUUCAGUGCCCGUCCCUGCGCAGAGCCGGAGGGAAAAGCAGCUUGGAAGUCAGCUGCAAUUUUUAAACCUUGCUUUUUAUUCCCCGGCGAUGAUCUUCAAGUGCUUGGACUUGUCUUGGAAGCUGUUUUGAAACUAACAUGGUUUAGUCCACUAACUGCAUGUUGGGUAAAUUCAAAACCCACAUGCUCGUCCUCUUGCAGUGGAAUAAGUCACAUCUGAUGGACAUUUUCUGUGCUUAUAGCAUAGUAAUGAACGUCUGACAGGCGCGACCUUUCAUAAGACAACCCACACUAUUGGCUUUCUGCCCAGAAUAUUGCUGCAACACUAUCUGUGAUUGGUUAUCUCUCUAUCAUGCAUUGCUUCACAAGGGGAAACGGCCCCUUUUUUUAAUAAAUCUACGAUGGCUGGCUGCAAUAUGCCUCACUGUUGGUACUAAGAAGUGCCUUUCCUGACGUCUCUGCUGCUUGGACCCGCUUCUAGAGCAGUCUCUGCUUUUGCCUUGCUUGCUGCCAGCUAGACUGUGACGACAGCACAUCCACCCUCCACUUCUAGCCCAGACACCCCCAUUUCUACUUAUAAUCAAGACAAAAGCUCUAAGUAUCUGGCAUUGCCCUAGGCUGCUUUAGUUUUAAAAGAAAAGUUUGCUGAAAAAGUCAGAUCUCUUCUGCCAGGAAAUCAAGGAGGAAAAAAAAAAUCAGUUUCUCGAUUUGCUCUAAACUGCUGCAUCUGUCUAUGCCAAACUAAUCAAUACCGAUUGCACCACCAAACUCCAUUGCAAAUUCAGCUGUGAGGAGAUUCCCUUUCAGACAACUUUGCUGAAAGCAGCUUGGAAAUUCGGUGUCAAAGGGUCUGCCACGUUUUCAUGCUUGCAUUUUGGGCUCCAAAUUGGCACUGGGAAGGGGUUACUGAGAGCACAAGGCUGAUCCGAGGCCCUACUUUUAAACGUUCAUCUACUUACGAUUCUAGUAUUUCUCUGUAAACCAAAACCUCUUGAAUUAACAGUUUCAUGCUGUGAAUUUCUAGUGGGAGAUCUUUUCCUUGAUAUUGACAACACAGUUUUCCAUGUACUUUUAAAGCAGGGAGUGGGGAAAAAAGUAUUUUGGAGGGGACAUUUUCAUCAGCCUUUUACAGUCUUAUCAGUUCAGCUUUUUGAGGUUUUUUUUUUUUUUUUGGGGGUUUUUUUUUUUUUUUUUUUUUGGUUGUUGCUGGGUUUAUUUUUAUUUUUAUUUUUUUUGUGGGGGGCUGGGUCUGUUGGUUUCACUGCAAAAUUUAACUACCUGUAAAAUCUAAACAUGGCUGUUAGUGUCACACCAAUUCGGGACACAAAAUGGCUAACACUGGAAGUAUGUAGAGAGUUCCAAAGGGGGACUUGCUCACGGCCAGACACGGAAUGUAAAUUUGCACAUCCUUCGAAAAGCUGCCAAGUUGAAAAUGGACGAGUAAUCGCCUGCUUUGAUUCAUUGAAAGGUCGUUGCUCCAGGGAGAACUGCAAAUAUCUUCAUCCACCCCCACACUUAAAAACGCAAUUGGAGAUAAAUGGGCGCAAUAACUUGAUUCAGCAGAAGAACAUGGCCAUGUUGGCCCAGCAAAUGCAACUAGCCAAUGCCAUGAUGCCUGGUGCCCCAUUACAACCUGUGCCAAUGUUUUCAGUUGCACCAAGCUUAGCCACCAAUGCAUCAGCAGCCUUUAAUCCCUACCUGGGACCUGUUUCCCCAAGCCUGGUUCCAGCAGAGAUCUUGCCGACCGCACCAAUGUUGGUCACAGGGAAUCCUGGGGUCCCCGUGCCUGCAGCUGCUGCGGCUGCUGCACAGAAAUUAAUGCGGACAGACAGACUUGAGGUAUGUCGAGAGUACCAGCGUGGCAACUGCAACAGAGGAGAAAACGAUUGCCGGUUUGCUCAUCCCGCUGACAGCACAAUGAUUGACACCAAUGACAACACAGUGACCGUGUGUAUGGAUUACAUCAAAGGGAGAUGCUCACGGGAAAAGUGCAAAUACUUUCAUCCUCCUGCGCAUCUGCAAGCCAAGAUCAAGGCUGCCCAAUACCAGGUCAACCAGGCUGCAGCCGCUCAGGCAGCAGCCACCGCAGCUGCCAUGACUCAGUCGGCUGUCAAAUCACUGAAGCGACCCCUCGAGGCAACCUUUGACCUGGGAAUUCCUCAAGCUGUACUUCCCCCAUUACCAAAGAGGCCUGCUCUUGAAAAAACCAACGGUGCCACCGCAGUCUUUAACACUGGUAUUUUCCAAUACCAACAGGCUCUAGCCAACAUGCAGUUGCAACAACAUACGGCAUUUCUCCCACCAGGCUCAAUAUUGUGCAUGACACCCGCUACAAGUGUUGUUCCCAUGGUGCACGGUGCUACGCCAGCCACUGUGUCCGCAGCAACAACAUCUGCCACAAGUGUUCCCUUCGCUGCAACAGCCACAGCCAACCAGAUACCCAUAAUAUCUGCCGAACAUCUGACUAGCCACAAGUAUGUUACCCAGAUGUAGAAUUUUCAUCACUAAACAAUCAUACUAAAGAGGAAAGGACAGUGUGCUUGGUUAGCGUAAAGGACGAGGUCAUUAGCCAUAUUGUAAAUACCGUCAAGCAACACACACAAAAACCCCUCAGCCACAAGACAUCCACAUAUUGCAUGUUAACCAGAAGAAGAGACAACAUGGAAAUCCACUGCACACUGUUGCCUAUACACUUUGUACAUUUAAUUGAUAUUUGUGCUGAGGUGAUAUUCCUGUCUGAAAGAAGAACAACAUUGUCUUUCUUUUCUAGCACAGAGUUCUGCAUUAAAAGAUGCAUACCUAAUUAGUUUCCUAUAUAUUCAUGCCAUCUUGAAAAGACAGACUAUGGUGUAACCAUGAUUCUAUUAUGUAUUGGUACGUCUGUAGACCAAGGUAUAAUUUUUUAAAAAUAAGUUUAUUUCUUUCAAGGUUUACAAAUAACAAAGGUGCACCUUGUAUUUAAAAUCGCCAUUAUAGACGAGAGCGUGCAUGCACAGUCAUUUUUGUUUAAGAGUAAUAUUUUUAAUGUAAUAGAUUUUAAGAUGUGGUGAGGGAGGGAUCUGACAGAGAUGAAUGUGCCAAGCAAAACCACAACUGUGUAUCUUUUAAAGCACAUCAUGGCUUUAAGUACCAUGUUGUUAAGGAUUCUCAUGAAGUGCCAUAGACUGUACAUCAAAUUAGAGUAUUAUUUCUUCAGUGUUAUUGUUUUCAGAGCCACAUUUUGUUGCUUAUUUGCUAGUACUAAUCAGUCAAAGGGCACCAUUCUUUUUUCCUUUUUUUUUUUUUUUUGGAAACCAAAGCUGUCUCAGAAAUGGCCAAUUUAACUCUACAGUAACAAUAGACAGCACAACACAAACUCUCUCAAUACCGAUAAACUCACACAUACUGGAGAUAUAUAUAAUAGAUAUAUAUAUAAAAUUAUUUUAAUGCAUUGUAGUGUAAUAUUUAUGCAUACUAUACUGUGUAACAUGUUAUUCAAAAGGGAUAUGCCAUUUCUGAGACACGAUAACAAAAAAAAAUGUUUGAGGAAAUUAUUUUGCUUCUAUUUAUAGCUCUGUCAAAAGUCAAACGACUAUAAAUGCUUUGCAAAAAUGGUUUCACAUUUGCUUAAAUGCUUCACCACAGUCACGUUUAAAAUAGUGACUCUAAACAAAGAAGAAAGCAGCACUGUCAUCAGAUGCAUGAUAAACCAAAAUAUGAAAAUGGGAAAUGUUUAAUUAACCUAGUAAUUGGGUGGGUUAAGUACAUGGGUGAAUUUUAUAUGUGAUUUGUUUUGUUUUGUUUUGUUCAGAUUAACUGCUUAUAGCCUUAGAAAGCCUUUUACAAAAUUAAAAAAAAAUAGAUGUGCAUUCAGUUUUUAAGAAUGGAUUCAUCCAAAGGAAUUCCUUUUUUGUGGUUUGGAUGUUGCAGCUAGUAAAGGAUAUUUUUGCUCUGAUUGGCAGUUCUAAAAAUUGCUGACGUCGGGGCCAGGUCACUGGUAGUUAUAGUGUGGAAUGGGAGAAGCGAAAGUUCAGUUAUAGAACUUUCCAUACUUCCAAGUUUACUGCAAGUUUUUAUGCUUGAGAGAGAUGCUUUCUAAUAUAAGACUGAUGUGUUGAUUUUACUGAUUGUACUGUACAUCUAUUAAAGCCUUAGAUUAUUACAUUACGGGUUGGAACCCAUACCAAUGUAAUUUCAAUCAUGUUAAGAGAGUAAUGGUGACUUCACAUGUUAUUGUAGUUAGUUACAUUAUAGAAUAUUACUUAUUUUUCUUGUUAAAAUGUAGUUUUUCAUUUCCUACAUUUAUUAGAUUUCAUUUUCUAUUAACAAUUGAAUACCAUUUCAGUUUAUAGACUCUUGUUUUAUUAGAUUUUACCGAUGAAUUUUUCAAAAUACAAAAAAAAAAUUAAAGUAGUUUUUCCUUCAUAACAUACUCAGUUUUGAAUUACAUGUAGUGUCAUACGAAUAUUCGUAUUAUUGUUAACUAAAUGAUUUAUAUUUUACUGAUUUAAUAUUAAAGUGUAAGAAUGUCAGUCAUUGUUAGUUCUUGUCUAGUUUUCAUUAAAAGAACAAAGAUCUUUUAUAUGGAUAUCUUAUAAAUAUAUAAUCAUUGCUAAGUAAGAAGUUAAGUUGUUGCUAUCGCAACAAUCCUGGCAGACAAUUGAGUAAUAUUUUGAUGAUUUAUUUUGUUUGUAAUUAGUUAUUAUAAGAAGAUCUAGAUCCUAGAUAUUAGAAUAAAAUUUAUUUUCUACUGUAUCCAUUUCAAAUGUUAAAGUAUUGUUUAAUAUUUUUGAAAUCCCUGAAUAUCAGGCCUUGUUAUAAAUAAGCUGCAUAAUCAAUAAAUAGAACAAGGGACUUUUUUGUUGAUAAUCCAAAUACUCAAAGUUUACGUAAUGAGAAUUAUAGCGUGUGUGCAAACUCUUGAGGGUUGAUUAUGCUGCAAUUUAGCAUGUUGGAACGUCUAGAGAGAAGGUUGACUUUUUGCACUUCUGUAUAUAGUCAAAAGAGAGAAACCUGUAUAAUAGUAAGAUCUUAUUUUGAAUAAAAACGUCUAUAAUUACAAGGAGUUUUGUUAAGGCUAAUAAAAUGACAGACUGAGCAAAAUUGCUUGCAAAAGUGGCACAGAGUUAGCACUCCAUACCCCUUCAAACAUGUUGCUUUGCUUUAUUGUGGACAGCUUGUAGUUUGCCAGGAUUUUUUCAGCUGGAAAGAUAUGCCAUCCUUCCGAGAUCUCAUGACUGACAAAAACUCCAUUGGGCCAAAUCUGCCUGAAGAUCAUUACCAAAAAUAGCAGGUACUUCAACCAUUAAGGUGAAAUCAUGGAUCAAAUAUUCCUUACAUUUUUCAAAACUACUGCAUGUUUAAAACUUCAACGAAAAAAAAAAAGAGAAAGAACUAUACUAAGGACAUAUAUUAUACAAAUCAGUUUCUGCCAAUUUCAGUGGUUUAUUGUUCACAAAAAAAAAAAUCUUCAAAACAAGUAUUGACUCUCACAAAAUUUAAACCAUAAACAGGCAAACCAAACAGCACACCGUAGCUAUAGUUGUUAUGUGAUUGUUUUUUAAUUGCUGUAGGAUCCUGUUCUUUCAGCAGGUGAAAAAAUAAAACGCAGUUCAAAUUUCACGGUUUUAAUUUUCAACUCAGAAGCACUCAAAAAAGCAAAGGUGAUCAUGGGCACUUGUUUAAUGAAUUCGUGUAUCCAGCCUUCACUCCCGCUGGCUGCACUUAUCAGCAACCCUACAGCUUUCAUCUGCUGAAAGGACAGAUGUGCUUGGUUUUACUAUUAUGUAAUCACAACUUACUUUCUGCUUGUAGUUGCUUAAAAUUAUGUAUUUUGUCUUGGGCUGCAAUUUGUUUUAUGCUUAUUUUAUUAUUACUGCAGUAGUUGACUUUGCUGUAUGGAAAAAUAAAGUGAAAUUGCCCUAAUAAAACUUCUCUUUCUUAAGUAUA